AUCUUGGAGCUGAAUAUUAUUUCGGCCCAAGAAUUAGCGCCUGUGGCACGGUGUAUGAAGACAUAUGCUAUCGCUUGGAUUGAUCCAGAGCGUAAAUUGACGACUCGAGUCGACAAUACGGGUGGAACAAGCCCUACAUGGAACGACAAGUUUGUGUUUCGUCUUGAUGAGGAAGCACUCUACGAUGCCACAUCAAUAGUUGUUAUAGAGAUCUAUGCAUUACAUUGGUUCAAAGACAUUCAUGUUGGCACGGUACAAGCCUUAAUAAGUGACCUUGUCAGCCCUUCUUCAGCUAUGAGAUUUGUUACCCUAGAGGUUCUUCGUGCCUCGGGCCGCCCUCACGGCCUCCUAAACAUU